AUGGCUGUGAAUCUUCCCACGCUGACAGUUUGCCUGCUUGGCACAGUAAUCCUCAUCAGAGCUGCAACAGCAAACACUUCUGCAUCAACCCCAGGAGCUUCCGCCGCCUCCGAACCUCCACCUCCGCAGCCCGAUGGCUCCACUGCAGACCCCGACAGCGCCACGCCCAUCAGCACAGAGGCCUCCUCGGACUCCUCGGCCACCUCGGACUCCUCGGACUCCUCAGCCACCUCGGCCACCUCGACCCCCAGCUCCAGCCCGCCACUGGAGGAGCCCUCAGAGGGUCUUUCACCCGGCGAGAUAGCUGCCAUCACCAUCGGCAGCAUCGCCGGUUCAGCUGCUGUGGGUGGCGGGAUCUUCGCUGCACUGAAGUUCACCGGGAAGGUUUAG